CUGUUCGUCAUUCUCACCAGCGCGACAAACUCUUCCCACUUCACUCAAGACACGUCGCCGGUCAUGAAAAUCAAUCAGCUCCCCCUCGAGGUCGUUGCCAACAUCCUGAGCAGCCUCGAGAGUCUCACGGAGCUCACAGAGGCCAUUCUAGCCUGCCGGCACUUUUACGCAGCCUUCCUGGAAAACCCUCACAUACCCGGCACCAUCGUCUACUCGACCUUUGACAAUGGCGAGGUCCUACCCCUCGCUGUCGCGGCGCUGCGGACGGGGAAGCUAGGCACGCGCUUCGCCAACAGCGACGAGGUCCUGCGAUUCGUCGAUGACUUGCGCGUGCUUAGACACCUGGACCGGGAGCUUCGCUCGAUGCGACUGCAUGAGCUGUACGACCUGCACGAUCUGACGGAUGCUGUGACGGAAGCCGCCUUUGACUGGGCGAACCUGGCGUGGCACAACUAUGAGGAGGAUCACAACUGCGAUUUUGGGCUGUCCCUGGCCGAGGCUGCUCGGUUCUGCCGGGUGCUGUAUCGCACAGAGAUUUUCCUCAGGGUCUUCCGGGUGGACGACGCCUUGGACGAGGACGCCAAAGAACGCGUCGAGCUGGAGGGCCAGCUGUGGCUCUUGAAGAGCUUCUGCAUGUUUGAGAUUGAGCAGAUUGCCUGUGCGCACGACUACAUGGAAUCGAGAAUCGUUUUCGCAUCUCGUUUCAUCCUCGCCCAUGAUAUUGAGGCUGGCGCCAUGCAGAUCGAUUACCUAACACUGGGAGAGAAUCCCUUGCGACAAAAAUGGAUCACCCGUGGCUGCGUGUGGCUAGCGAAGCUCAUACGCUUGAAGAAAGACGUGGCAGCAAGAAGGGACCUACUGGCAAAGAGUCUCGACGGAGAAAACGCACACCUCUACGGUGUCCUGUGGAGACUCAAGGAGCUUUAUCGGGGCCCAAACAGCAAGUUGAAGCUGUGCCCCAAGCAACCUCGCCAAGUGAUCGACAACGAUCCAGGGCCGCCCAGCGCCUUUGACUACGCGCACACAAACACCGACAUUGACCUCACAGUAGACAUUGGACCCAACGGCGAGACACCCGACUACCCCAUCCUCGUGACGUUUGCGCACGACGACUCGGGUCUCCGGGAGCAAGCGUACGUCAUGUGGGAUCUGAGCAGGAUCAAGGACUGGGAUUUGUUCCACGAGAUGGAAAUUGUGCCCAGCGCAUCGCGCGCGGCGCCCGAACCCGGGUGGUACACGGAGAUGAGGCGGUCCUGGGCAGCGAGGCGGAAGCUGUACGAGCAGGGCGAGAGGGGCACCUGGAGACUGGAGAGACCGUGGAGUGACGUGUCCGCGAUGGACGAGGCGGUUGCAUCCGAGGAACUCUGGUAUACCAUGAGCGCCUUUGAGGGACGGCAUUGACUCGGGGAGAUGGCCUGAGGAGCAGGGGCUUUGUGGUGCGCGUUCACGAGACGGAGCGAGCAAACACCUCUGAGCCCAGAGGACCGAAUGAUCAAACAUUCAGAGGCAAAACUGCAAACUGGCAACGCUCGACUGCCUCUUGGGCCUGCCCGUCUGCCGGUCCGUCAACCCUGGUCGUGCGCGCAUCAAAUCGUCGUCACCUUCAGGGUUCAACCAGUGCAUUGAUGCGGGGAUGGCGUUCAAAAUAUAUGUCCCGACUGCUGGCUUAAUGAUCCUUCGCGUCUAUCUCUGGGAUCACGUCCAUC